AUGUCGAAGAUUUUCACAAUAGUCUUGGCAAUCAUUUUUGUUGAAUCGAUUGCCGGAAACUACAGACCCGGCGACAUCUGCAACCUGGGAAACCGUAGGGCCAAAGGCAGUUAUUACGAAGAGUGCGUGACAAAGUUUGAGACGGCCGGUGAGAUUUUCUUGUGAUAAAUAAAUUCCUAGUGACGGGGGAAAAAACGGUGUUAUGAAAAAAAGACCAGCGAAAAUUCGAACGGCGACUUUUCCGAUUUUUUCGUAUCGCUAGGGAACUUUCCGACGGCCACCUUUCCGACGAAUUUCUUUCCGACUUUUUUCCCUUAUUUUUUUCGGUUUAUAAAACAUCUAUUAAUAUUUUCCUAUUUCUUUUUUUUAAUCAUGAAUGAACUACCUACUUUAUAUAGGAAGAUUCAAAACGAAAAGUUCAUCGCGAAAAAAAGUCGGAAAAAGAUUGGGUGAAAAAAGAAAGUUCCCUAGCGAUAUGAAAAAAUCGGAAAAGUCGCCGUUUGAAUUUUCGCUGGUCUUUUCUUUAUAACACCGAAAAAAUACUUUUCUCUAUUUUCAAAUAGUGAAGAAUUGCAGGAUGCUAUGCUCAUUGGGAACGAGGAGCAAGACGAUUCGUGCGGAACACGGAGCAAAGGGACCGCCACUACCACGACGGCCGCGUCGGCUUCCGUUACCAAUGCACUAUCGCCAACGGCUACAUUCAGUUCAGCCCAAUCGGUAGCGUGCAGCGCGCCUCCCAACCUCCAAUUCUAUCUAGGCUGUUUUCUGAACAAGGAGCACGGAAACGAAUUCCUGCACCUUAACGCGAGUGGGAUCUUGGAUGACGGUCAACGAGUUCGUUGCAAACAGAACGCCGAGGGCGCCUUCAGCUUCGAAUUCGCCGAACGCCGAUAUGGAUAA